AUGUGCGGAUGUUUGUCGGAACGCAACGGAAUGGAUGGCUUUUGGCAAGUUUUAUGCAGCGUUAUGCAUGUAACGCCAUCAUCCAUUGCUUCCCAGAGUGCUCAUACCGGAACUCUGCUCAGUUCGCAUCCGUCUGGCGACUGUUUCUCGCUCCGCAGCACUGCUUCCGUUUCGUAUCAUUUCUCCUAUCACAAUUUGCCCACUCGAUGA